AUGGACCUUUUGAUUAAAUCUCUAAAUAAAAACAAAAUAAUAAAAGAAACGAACGGGUCAGGUUUAAUCGAAAACCUAUGUUGUGACACUCGUAAAGAAGAGUGUUUGAAUAGAACUUGUAAUUUAUGCUUUAAUAAAGUUGUUGAAUAUGGAGAAUUUAGAAACGACGUGCCUAUAAAAUAUUUUGAAUGGGCCGCAAAAACCGAAAAAUAUUCAGUUAAUGGGAUAGAAAAAGCUUCAAAAAAGACAUCGAAAAGAGAGCUACAAGGCCUGCCUCUUCAUUUAAUUACAAAGCUGGAAAAAUCUUUGCCUCGAUACUUCAAACACUGUUUAAAUAUUGUCCAACAAUAUAAAAGUAUCAACGAAUUAAAAAAAUCAUUAACACCAAGAGAGGUUUUGAUUCAUAUGGACUUUUCGGAAAAUUAUAUCACCAAAUUUCAUGAAGAGGUACAGGCUAGACACUUCGGUGGCAGUCCCGAACUAAUUACAUUGCAUUCUUCAGUUUCGUAUUUUUUGGACGCUGACACAGGAACUUAUAAAAUCAACAGUAUGUGUACUAUCAGUGAUUAUAACAAACAUGACGCUCAAGCCAUAUGGGCACAUAUAAUACCAAUCAUCGAGCGUUUAAAAGAUUUCACAACAGAUAUAGAUACCAUACACUUUCUAACUGACAGCCCAUCGAGCCAGUACCGGAAUCGCAAAAUAUUUUUUAUCAUUUCACAACUACAGCAGCAGUUUCCAAAUUUAAACAAUGUCACAUGGAAUUAUUUAGAAAGCGGGCAUGGUAAAGGAGCUCCUGACGGAAUAGGAGCAGUCAUUAAACGUACAGCAGACGCCUGUGUACGCUUCGGACAAGAUGUGGGUACCUUAGAAGAUUUUUGGAAUGUAAUAAAAGCUAAAAUGAAGAAUAUUGAGAUCCAUAUCAUAACUAAAAAAGAUAUUGAGGAUAGAAAAAUCCCACAAAAUGUAAAUAUAUUUAAAGGCACAAUGUCUGUGCACCAAGUGCUUUGGUCGUCUAACAAUCUGCGAAUGACUUUUAGGAAAUUAAGUUGCUUUUUUUGCCAAAAUGGAAUUGAAUGUAGUCAUGGUUACCAUCUCGGGUACAUGGAUGUACCUCAAACUAUUAUUGAGCUAGAAGAAGAGUUACUACAUGAUUUCUUGGAAACAAAUACUACACCUGAAAUAAUCAACGAAAUAACGAAUUCUCCAGAAAUACUAAAUAGUACUUCUCAAGCCACCCAUGCAAGCCUAAAUUGUGAAAAUCAAGAAGGUCAAUCUCAAAAUAUUAUUGAAGCAAACGCUAAGUCAACUACAACUAAGGUUGUUAAAAUACUUUCAGAUGUACGUUUACACUGGUCAAACACCCCAUUUUAUAUUAACACUCCAUCUAGUUCCCGGACACCGCCAUUCAAAAAUUUUUAUGCAUUACCACUGACAAAGAAACAAAAGAUAAAAACAAAGACUUCAAUAGAGAUGAGAAUAGAGACGGAUGGCACAAAAAACAAAGAAAAUGAAGACGAUGAUGAUUUUAAAAUAUUU